AUGAUAAAGUGCUUAAGAUUCCCGUGUUGGCCCUUGUUGCCGCUGGCCCUCGUCAGCCUGCUCUCAAGAGUGCGGAUGCUGGAGUUUGGGGGGGCGCCCGGCCAGUGGGCACGCUACGGGCGCUGGGAGGCCGGCUCGGUCGGCGAGUUGAGCUUCAGCCUUAAGAGCAACAUCAGCAAAGCUUUAGUACUCUACCUGGACGACGGCGGCAACUGCGACUUCCUGGAACUACUGAUAGUCGGAGGUCGCCUCCAGCUCCGCUUCGCUAUCCACUGCGCCGAGCCGGCCAUUUUACACAUGGAGACGCGGGUGAAUGACGACCGUUGGCACAUGGUCUUGCUCACCCGUAACUACCGAGAGACUCUCCUGAUGGUGGACGGCGAGACGAAAGUGGCUGAGGUGAAGUCCAAGAGGAAGGAGAUGGCCGUGGUCAGCGACCUGUUUGUGGGCGGAAUACCGCCCGACGUACGCCUCUCUGCGCUCACCUCCAGUACGGUCAAGUACGAGCCCCUCUUCAUGGGCCUGAUCUCCAACCUGAAGGUGGGAGAGACACCACCUACCCUGCUCAACAGCCAGGGCAUCCAGAGCGACCUGGAGUACCUGUGCACCAAACAGAAUCCAUGCUUCAAUGGAGGCAUUUGCUCCAUCCAGUACGGAGAGGUUCAAUGCGACUGCACCCAUACCCGCUUCAAGGGGAAGUACUGCAAGGAAGGUAAGGGGCUCACCUACCUGAUUGAUUGCAUCAGAAGUUUCAGAUUGUUGUUGGGAAUUUGUCGAACUACUGCAGUUUUGCGACAAUCAAGGCUGAAAAUGGGCUAA